GGUUCCUUGACGCAAAACACAAGGGAAAGGAAAAUGGUGGAGCGCCGUGAUUCCUCCACAAAGAAAACCAUAACAAAUGCUUAAACCAACCUUGAACGAGGGAGUUAUACUUCGACGCUCUACAGGAGGUGAAAACAGUGGACAUAUUGGAAUGUGAAGCUGACAAUGGGUGCGAAACAAAGCACAAACACCCCAACACGGACACGGACGUUUUCGACAGGGGAUGCGGGGGGCUCGCUCGCAGGCGCCCAUUUCGCUAUUCCAGCCAGCGUUGCCGAGAGUCUAGGACUGCCAGGGACUAGCAGCGGUGGUGAAUACUCUCGUAACAGAGCUAGAAGCCUGGGAGGGGUGCCUAGCACCUCAAGUAACGGACAUUCUAAUGGACAUCCCAUAGGAAUACCUAACAGUAGUAAUAACGGACUCCACGGGGGCGUCUCAAGGGGAGCCGAGGGACAUUCGAGUCGCAGUACCCCCGAGGAGACCUCACGUGCUAUGACGAGCACUCGAGGACUGGCCCAUUCAUUACCAGUACAUUUGCUAGCGUUUCCAGGAAUUUCAGGGCUCAAGUGUCCAAUUUGUUCCAAGCUGGUAUUGCCUGAUGAUAUAGAGUGUCAUCUAGUCAUGUGUUUAACACGACCAAGAAUUAGUUAUAAUGAGGAUGUGCUUACAGAGGAUAAGGGGGAAUGUGUAAUAUGUUUUGAGGACCUCCAGCAGGGUGACACCAUUGCCCGCCUUCCUUGUCUUUGUGUAUAUCAUAAACCGUGCAUUGAUCAGUGGUUUGAUGUAAAUAGGUCCUGCCCUGAGCACCCCAUUGAUUAGGACACAUUGUCACAACCGACUGUUUGUCACACCUGACACAUUUGCCAUAGUCAUGUGACAGUGGACACAAUAUAUAUCACAACCAGGUGUCUGUCACACCUAACACAAUGACCACAGUCAGGUGACAGUGGACACAAUGUCACAACUAACACAAUUAUAAUGAUGUGCCAGAGGAUACCAGUCAGCUCAUCAUUAUAGUGAUAAGAGAAUACAGGAUUUUCCUACAUGGAAGAAAAUUUUGCCACAAUUUAACAAGUGGAUGUAGAUAGUAAUAAAAGAACUCAUUUUCAUGAUAAUAAUGUUCAUAAGCAUAUUUUAUUUAUAAACUGACACUGUUGUUGUACAGAAGAGCUAAGUCAUCAUGUUAAUCAUAAAAUGAUGUAAGGUUAUGUAUUUUUACUAAAUAAGCAUUAAUUGCCACUCCAUGCUCUAAGAGCAGCAGUCCUGUCAAGCCUCAGCUCUCACACUUCCUGAACAUAGAAACUCCUGGUUAUUUUUGCAGCAUGAAUAAGCUUAGAAUUGAUUUACAACAAAGCAUUGAAAUGCCAAGGGUACCCUGGAAAUCUCAGUUGGGGAAAAAGCUGGGAAUGUUAAAUGUAUAGUGAAUUCCUUGUCUUAUGAAGGUGCCAUUUGUCAGUGAGAUAUGUUGUUUUCAGAGAGAAAGUUGCCAGACCACUAAUGUUUUCUAACAUGAUGAUGAUGAUAUGCUGUGUUGCAUACACAGGUUUGACUUUGGAAGACUUGUAUGAAAUCCACCUGAAGAGCUCACUUCAAUAUCCACCUGAGUUUCAACCAUAAUAAUGGAAAUAUAAAAUGUGGCCUAAUUUCAAGGGAAUCCAUAUUAAAUAAUCUAAAAUUAUAUUCCAGAUCACUAAAAAAAGGAGACAUGCUUUGGUAUGUUUCUGUGUGGAGCACUUUGUAUUUUAAAAAAUAUUUAAAGGCAAUUUCAUGUUGAAGGGUUGCCAAGAACUGAAUAAUUCCAAGGAAUAUUGCAGUUGGAGUCUGGACGAGUUUCUUGAAGAAUAUUUGGAGGUAUGACAUAAGACAAAUAGAAUUCUUGUGGAUUUUCCAUGCACAGAAAUCUUUGGGUGAAAAAAGGGAACAUUUUCAGACUGGCUUGGGAGUUGCACAGAACGUCUUCAUUCCUUGGAGACAUUUACUUAGGAUGUUACACAAUAAAGACUGAUCAUCAAAAUAGCAAAGAAACCUUGGAAUUUUCUCAGGAAUUAACAGCGUGGAUGCUGAAUCAGUCUUCACAGGAAAGGAAGAGAAUUUUGAUGAAUGGAGUUGUUGAUCUAAGCUAGUAUUGCACUGACAUGACUGCAAUUUCUGAGAUAAAUGGACUUAGACCAAAAUGAUGAGCAUGAAAGGGUUCUUUUGUGAAAAGGAAGGGGUAAAAUUGCCAAUCAUUUUUUAAAUGUUUUUUUUUUAAUUCCAUACUGCUCAAGAUGACAUGCUGUUUCAUUUGAGAUACGGUGAUUGCAAGCUACAGAGUACUGAAAAAUUAAUCUUAAUUCGUAACAAAAUAGGAAAGCAUGUGUUUCAGGGUUUACAGUAAACACUUGCAUGUCAUUUUUGCCAGGUGGGAAUAAUUUACUAGCUUUAUAUAUUGAAAGCAUAUAUCAGAGUAGCAGGUAAAACUUUGAAAUUUAGGGUGAAAAGUAAGAUAAACAUGAGUGAAAAAAUAAUAUUGCUUCAGUAAAUUAGUUGAUUUGAAAAUCCAUAUUGCCUUAAUUACUGCCACAGUUAAAGUUGGGUGUACGAAAUUGACGUGCUCUCAGGUGCACAUCAUUACGUCAAAGCAGAGUGGGUGCCAUUGCCAUGGAAACAAACCUGUUUGACGUUAACCUUAAACCGGCACAUCUGUCAAUAGAGCUAGUAUUUACAGAGGAUCUCGAGCCAUUUUUUUAAAUUCUGACACGGUUUCUGUACGAUAGUGAUGUGGUUUUAGGAAAUUGGUAUUGGGGUGCAAAAAGUGGAGGGCCAAGUCUCUUACGGGAGAUGUUUUUUGUAACGCCUUUUUGAUACGUUAGCGUGAUCUGGUUCUAAAUCUCCAGAUAUUGAUAAAUACAUUAACGUAUAGCGUGGUAAGUCAUUGGCGGCAAAUGUUACAUUUUGAUAGGACUUGAGACCAUUUUUAUUUGGUUAAAAAACUUUGACCCUACGGUUGUGGAAUAGUUGAAACUAGACCCGGUUAGUUGAAAGAGGUCAGCAUUAUUAGCACUUUCAGAUCAACUUUGCUUUGCCAUAUUUAACUUAUAUGCCAAUUUCUUUCUUUAUUCCGAAGUUGAUGCCAAAUUGAUGCGGUUCAUAACUGCAGCCCAAACCAUAUUACUGUGAAAUUUGACCAGGUUGGCGAAACCUUGGUGACAUUAAGGUGAAUACUAGUUAUUAAUAUUUAGCAGAGUCCAUCACAAUAACAUGAUUGAAAACAUUUAGUUAUGCAUUUAAAUUUAUAUUUGAGUUAUAUUUAUGCUAUGAAAAAUUACCUUAUUUUAGUAAUUGGUGCUUGAGUUGGUUAUGGGAGUCUGGCGUUCAUAAAUUUAACUUCAUGGCGUCCGUAAAUUUGGCGCAUGUUGUAAAAUUUUAUCUGAAAGACAUUAACACCAACAGGGAUAUGGCACAGCAACAAAACACCAAUUUAUAGAAGAUGAAGUAACUAACUUUGGAAGUCCUGGGCGAAGGUGAUUGAAUUUGAUAGGCGGCCAUUGUACAUUUGGGACAUAUCGGCGUUUCCGUAAUUACACUUUUAACAGAUAGAUACGGCAUCGGCCAAAGGUCGCAAUUGUGUUUUGGCCGCCAUGUCACCGCUACCACAAUUGGUAAUGUCUUGUAGUCUGUUGUUCAUGCUGACAUAUUCAACAUAUUGCGUCGAGGAACAGUUUUAAGUUUGACUGGUUUACAAUAUAAUCGCAUCUCUGGUCGAUCAAAUUGAUUAACCAAGAGCUUAAACGUCUGUGAGGAGAGAGUGUACACCAAGAUGUCCCAGUAGUGUUCUGGGUUCAACAGAAAGCAAAAAGCACAUUUUAAACCUUUUCUCUGACGCGGCUGAAUGUAAGAAAUUAGGCAGGUGACAAAUUUGUGAUAAGUUUGUGAAAAGUUUGUCAAAGCUCAUGCUCAAUCUUGGGUCAAAAAUAAAUCCAGCUUACAUUAUGUUGUAAAGGUAUCUCGUUAAUCCCGUCUGGUUCACAAGGAGAUGGAUAUACUUAGACUGGGUUGCCAUACCUAGAUUAAUCUAACGGGAUCGGUCCAUCUCGAAGGGUUUUCUCUCUAAAUUGCUUUUGGCUUAAGCGGCUUAGAUGUCUGCUAAACGAUAGUAAAUAUCCCCAUAUCAGCUUCAGUAGGCGUGUCAGACAUCUAAGUCACUUAAGUUGAUUGCAAUUUGGCGAGAAUCCCCUUGGAGACAGAUCGCUCCAAAGUUAGUACAAAAGGGUCUGGGAACGGUCCUUUAGGUAACUUAGUUUGCACUUGUUUUCCCCUCUAGGACCACAGAUAGUUUGUCCACUGGAUAUUGUCAGACGUCGCUCUGGAUAAUUCUGUGCACCUUUAAGUUAAUUUUUGCACAUGGAUUUUGCUCAGAACGGCCCAUCUCGCUAGAUUUUGUGGUGCCAACAGUGUAGAAAAGGCUGAUAUAAUGUAUUAUGUAAGGGUAAUGAAACAGCGAUGAAAUGAAUCCAUUAAAAGUUGUAUUUUGUAUUUUCACUUUGUAAACUUUGCACACAUGACUUCGCAUGGUUUGAAUCGCAUAUGAAAUCUGAAUAUAAUGGUAAUAUCUAAAUAUCGAUGUUUGGCAAAAGGCAAUGCUAUAAUUUAUAUGGAAAUAAUACUGUGAUGAAAUGAUA